GAGGCGCCAGGCGGGGAAAAAAGGCCAGGCGUCCUACAUAAAGAGUCCGGGACGGGGAGUCAGGGCGCCACAACGGGGAAACCCACCUCUUGCACACACUCACACAAAGACAUUAAGCACUAAGGGGAAGACGGAAAGAGUGAAACGAAGAAAAAGAAGGAACAGAGAAGAGAGAGAGAGAGAGAGGGGGGAUAUAUAUGACUAGAUAUGGCACACACCUAUGAAGGAGGAAUCCCUGCCCGGGUCUAUCUGGGAACCCUGCUCGUGGCUCUUUGCUUCCACCCCAUCUCCGUUGGAGGAGCCGCACUGAAGCAGGAGGUGGCGCUGGAGAAUGGCGCCACAACGCUGAAUCACUCCAUGGCAAUGGUGCAGCGCAUGGAAGGUCUUCUGGCCCAAGGCAACGGCAGUGAUGUGGCCCUCCGCGUGCAGACGGUCAACACGGAUGAGGUGAAGGUGAUCCAGGCGCACACGCUGGUGCUCUCGCUGCAGAGCGAGGUGUUUGAGGAGCUGCUGCUCAGCCACAACACCAGCACCUUGGUCCUGAGAGAGCCUGCCGACUGUGCUGCUGUCUUUGACAAGUUCAUCAGGUACCUCUACUGCGGUGACAUCUCAGUGCGCCUGGACCAGGCAAUCCCUCUGCACAAGCUGGCUAGCAAGUACCGUGUGUGGAGCCUCCAGCAGGGCCUGAGCCAGUACAUGACAGGGCACCUGUCCAGCGACUCCCCGACCGGCCACGUGGUUGGCUGGUACCAGUACGCCAUGCAGAUCGGCGACGCCAACCUGAGGGACAGCUGCCUCCAGUACCUCUCCUGGAACCUGUCGUCGGUGUUGCAGAGCGGCGAGUGGGGCUCCAUCAGCGACGACCUGCUGCUGUCCCUGAUGCAGCGCUCCGACCUCAUCCUGCAGAGCGAGCUGGAGCUCUACGAGGCCCUGGAAGCCUGGAUCGGCCAGAACCAGCCGGCCGGCAUAACGGUGGAGAAUGCCCUGAGGCAGGUGCGCUACGGCAUGAUCCCCCCGCAGCACCUGUUCCGUCUGCAGAAGCAGUCACCAGUCAUGCUGAAAUACUACGAGUCCAUCCGUGACCUGCUCUUCCUGGCCUUCCAGUUCCACUCGGCCUCGCCUGUCCAGCUGGCCAAAUACUUUGACGUCAACUGCAGCAUAUUCACGCCACGCAACUACCUGUCACCGUCCUGGGGCUCUCCGUGGGUCAUCAAUAACCCCACGCGCGAUGACCGCAGCUUCAGCUUCCAGACCCAGCUGGGCCCCAGCGGCAGCGACGCCAGCAAGCGGGUGACCUGGAACGCCCUGUUCUCCCCGCGCUGGCUCCCGCUCAGCGUGCGCUCCGCAUAUACAAACGAGAUGCAGGCCACACGCACUGACGGCGGUCGUCCUCGCAUCAUCGUCACCCCAGCCACUUCCAGCCCCGACUUUGCAGGUGUGAGCUUCCAGAAGACGGUGAUCGUGACGGCGAGGCAGGGGGGUAAAAUGGUGGUUCGUCACGUCUACAACUUCCACCAGAGCACUGAGGAGGCCGGGGAUUUCCUGGUGGAAGCCGACCUUCACCGCCGGGCGUCUGAAUACCUCAUCGACAGCUCCCUCUACCUGCACGUCGUGGUAAAGCCCCUUUACCACAGCCUCAUCGUUGCCAGGAAAUAGGCCAAGAGGUUGUUGUUGCCUUAGUAACCAACGGUUCCCAUUAGAUGGUCAAGUUGCAGAGUAAAAAUUGGCUAUAUCAUAAAAAAAUUAUGAAAACAAAACAUUUGCUUUUUAGUCUUAAUUUAAGGUACACGGCAUAAGGUUUGCAGUGUGGUUGAGGUUAUAUUUCAAGAACAGAAAUGGUAGAAAUAGUCUGGGUGUAUGACUUUGGAACUUGCCCAGACAGUGAUGACCGUAACCAACCACCCUCCCUGCUGAGUCCCCCCCUAGCCUGCAGACAAAGUCACACAUGCACACACUCAUAUCACAACUCCUGUUUAUUGGCCUGGUACUGGGCACCUCUGUUCUACAUAAGGUAAUGGUACUUUUUACAGUAGUGGUUAAGUUUGUCUCCAAACUGUUUUAGCUCUGAAAAGAGGUGUAUGGAGCCAGCUGUAACAGUUUUUAAACCUUUAUUUAACUAGGCAAGUCAGUUAAGAACAAAUUCUUAUUUUCAAUGACGGCCUAGGAACAGUGGGUUAACUGCCUGUUCAGGGGCAGAACGACAGACUUGCCAGCUCGGGAGUUUUGAACUUGCAACCUUCCGGUUACUAGUCCAACACUCUAACCUCUAGGCUACCCUGCUGCCCCAACUGUACUGCAUCUAUUAAAGAAGUCAAUGAAAGAGUUUCAGAUAAUAACAGUUCCUCCACAUUGUCCCUCCCCACAAAUCUUACACACAUGGUAGGGGCAAACACGACUGCACUGUAUUUGUUUGAGAUAUGAUUAUGUCAAUAGUUGGAUAUUUCCUUGAUUGCCCCUGAUUAGAGGAAAGGCACAUUCUUUAUGAAAUAUUUAACUGUAUGAUGUUAUCUGCAUAGCUAUAGGAUACUACUAGUAAAUCAAAGUGUCAGUUAUUGGUAUUGUUUCCAUGAGCUGAACUCUCACUUUGUUGGUGCUAACCAAACCUCACAGGAUCAAGUGAAGCUUCUUUCGUCACUUUGCACACUGCCAACACCAUAAGUACAGGCCAUUUUAAAAGCAUGCAUUCAUACCAUUAGUCACAAUCACACACAUACGUUUACAGGCCUAAAUGUUAUAGCCAUGCUGAUACUCAGUGACUGGACAAUUCCAAUACCAGAGUUUCUCUAGAAGCCAUUUUGCUGUUGCCCUACUCUUUUGCAAUUGAGGAGCAUUUCUAUUGAAUCUUUAAGCCAACCUGCAGUAUUAGUGCUAUUAGAAGGAUUGUGUUGUUGUGAGUAGUGCUUAUAUAAUGAAUUAUGCACAGACCUAUGGAUGACAUUGUUGGUCUAAAUUAUACUUCCGGGUCUUUAGAAUGUUACUGGUUCAUGUAGCUACCAUAUCUCUCUAUGUCCUCUUCCUAUAUCCUGAAUAAAAUGUUAUUUUACCCAGUC